AUGAACCUUAGAAUCUUAGAAUCUGAGGAUCGCAGAAUCUCAGAAUCUCAGAAUCUCAGAAUCUCGAAAUCUCAGAAUCUCAGAACUCAGAAUCUCAGAAUCUCAGAAUCCCAGAAUCUCAGAAUCUCAGAAUCUCGAAAUCUCAGAAUCUCAGAAUCUCAGAAUCUCAGAAUACCAGAAUCUCAGAAUCUCAGAAUCUCAGAAUCUCAGAACUCAGAAUCUCAGAAUCCCAGAAUCUCAGAAUCUCAGAAUCUCGAAAUCUCAGAAUCCCAGAAUCUCAGAAUCUCAGAAUCUCGAAAUCUCAGAAUCUCAGAAUCUCAGAAUCUCAAAAUCUCAGAAUCUCAGAAACUAAGAAUCUCAGAAUCUCAGAAUCUCAGAAUCUCAGAAUCUCAGAAUCUUAGGUUUUUAGGAUUUAAGAAUCUCCAAAUCUCAGAACCUCAAUAA